AUGUUAAAUAAAAUAAAAACAGAAGUUGAGAAUAUAGAUAAUAUGCCAUGGUCAAUAUUAAGAAAGAAUAUUUCUUUAAAUUGUGCAGCGGUAAGAAGAAGUAUGGGUGUCUGUACUAUUCCUGGUUCGGAAAUGGGCAUCAAAUGUCCUGUAAAAUCAAUGUCACUGAGCACAGCAAGUGAUGAUUAUGACAACAAAUCUCAUGGGAAAAAAGCAUUGAGUUCAACAAAGCAAAUUCAAACUAAAUAUGACGAUGCUACAUCACAAACUAUUGCUCUGACUAUUCGAGUCGAUAAAGAGACCAACUGUAACAUUUUUCAAUCAAUGUCGGUGAAAAGCAGUUGCGAGGGUCUUAAAGCGAUCUUUAUUGGGCUAAGGAAGGUCUCUGAUCACACUCUGCUUGUAAGAUGGAGAGCGCCUCCCAAAGUCGCAGAUGUAAAAGCUUCAAGUAGACGGUCGUUCAAUACAAAAAAUAUU